GGUUAGUGGACUCCAAAAGGAGUUGUCAGAAACAAAAGAAAUGAAAUCACAGUUAGAGCAUGAAAAAGUGGAAUGGGACCGAGAAUGCUGCAGUUUGAGAUUUGCCCUAAAACAAGAAAAAGAGAAGAGAAGAAAUGCUGACAUGUUGUAUGAAAAACUUAGACAACAGUUACGAAGGAAAGAAGAGCAGUACAGUGAAGAAGUUGAAGGGAAACAGCAACUUGAAAUGACUCUGAGAACACUAGAUAUGGAAUUGAGGACUGUCAGAAAUAAUUUGAAUCAGGUCGUAGAAGAGCGAAAUGACAUCCAGAGGCAACUUUCUCGAGAACAGAAUGCCAGAGUAUUACAAGAUGGUAUUCUGACCAAUCACCUGUGCAAACAAAAGGAGAUAGAAAUGGCUCAAACAAAAAUGAAUUAUGAGGUUUCUGAUAGUCAUAACAAAGAUCUGCUGCACAAAAAUCACAUGUUGCAGGAUGAAAUUGCCAUGCUGAGACUGGAAAUAGACACAAUAAGAAAUCAGAACCAGGAAAAGGAAAAGAAAUAUUUUGAGGACAUUGAAAUUAUAAAAGAAAAGAAUGAUGACCUUCAAAAGACAAUAAAACUGAAUGAGGAAACAUCAACAAAAACAAUAUUGCAGUAUACUGGACAGCUUAAUGUUCUGACAGCUGAGAACACAAUGCUAAAUUCUAAAUUGGAGAAUGAAAAGCAAAAUAAGGAAAGACUGGAAACAGAAGUUGAAUCAUACCGUUCUAGACUGGCUGCAGCUAUACAAGAUCAUGAUCAAAGUCAGACAUCUAAAAGAGACCUAGAACUUGCUUUCCAGAGAGCAAAAGAUGAGUGGUUUCGUUUACAGGACAAAAUGAAUUUUGAUUUGUCUAACCUAAAAGAUAACAAUGAGUUUCUUUCCCAACAACUUUCUAAAGCUGAAAGUCAAUCUAAUAGCCUAGAAAUUGAGCUCCAUCACACAAGAGAUGCUCUCAGAGAAAAAACUUUGGUUUUAGAACGUGUACAAAGAGACCUAAGCCAAACACAGUGUCAAAUGAAGGAACUUGAACACUUGUAUCAAAACGAACAAGGUAAAGUGAAUAAAUACAUUGGAAAGCAGGAAUCUAUAGAGGAGAGAUUAUCUCACCUGCAAAGUGAAAAUAUGUUGCUUCGACAGCAACUGGAUGAUGCUCACAACAAAGCUGACCGUAAAGAAAUGAUAGUAAUUAAUAUACAAGACCAAUUUCAUGAUAUUGUAAAAAAACUUCAAGCUGAGAGUGAAAAACAAAGUCUUAUGCUAGAAGAGAGAACUAAGGAGUUAAUCAAUAAAUGUAAUCAUUUAAAAGAAAAACUGCAUCAGUAUGAAAAUGAGAAAGCAGAAAGAGAAAUGGUUGUGAGACAACUUCAACAAGAACUGGCUGAUACCCUAAAAAAACAGUCUAUGUCAGAGGCUUCACUGGAGGUUAUAUCACAUUAUCGCAUUAAUUUAGAAGACGAGACACAGGAUUUAAAGAAGAAAUUAGGUCAAAUCCGAAGUCAGCUGCAAGACGCACAGGAUCGACAUACAGAGGCUGUAAGAUGUGCUGAGAAGAUGCAAGAUGACAUGCAAAAGCUUGAAAUGGAAAAUUCCAAUUUAAAAGCUACAAUUGAAAAGCAAGUGGGCAAAAUUGAACAGCUUCAGAAAAACUUGUUAAAGUCUGAGGAUGAAAAGGAACAAUUUAAGAAACUUCUUGCAUCAAAACAAUCUCUGGAAUCUAAUUUGGAUCAAGAAAUGAAAAAAAAUGAUGAAUUAGAAAAAGAGAUAAUUGGAUUUAAGAAACUCUUAAGAAUGACAAGAAAGAAGUUAAGUGAAUAUGAAAAUGGAGAGUUUAGUUUCCAUGGAGAUAUAAAAACUAGUAAAUUUGAAAUGGAUAUUCAGAUUAAUAUGCUAAAACAUAAGGUUGAUGAUCUUACAGCACAACUGGAAACUGCAUCUUCAAAAUGUCUGCAUCUGGAUGCAAAGAAUCAAGUUCUUCAACAAGAGUUAUUAUCUAUGAGAAAAAUACAAAAAGAAUGUGAAAAACUAGAGAAGAAGAAAAAGAAGUUGGAAGAAGUAGUAGCAAACCUCAAAAGUCACAUAGAAAUGAACAUGGUAGAAUGUGGUCAAGUUGAACAGUAUAAACGGGAAAUUGAAGAAAGAGCAAGACAGGAUAUAGUAGAAAAAUUAAAAGAAGUCAAUCUAUUUUUACAGACACAAGCAGCAUCUCAAGAAAACUUAGAGAAGUUAAGAGAAAAUAAUAAUGCUUCAAUAAGAAGUCAGAUGGAACUCAGAAUUAAAGAUCUAGAAUCUGAACUCUUCAAAAUGAAAACUUCUCAAGAAGAUUCUAAUAAAACAGAAUUGGUAAAAUAUAAGCAACUCUAUCUAGAAGAACUAAAAGCUAGAAAAUCAUUGUCAAAUAAACUAAACAAUACUAAUGAGAGGCUAGCGGAGGUCAAUACCCAACUUCUCAUGGAGAAACAGCAGAACAGAUCUUUACUCAGCACUCUUACUCUUACCACGAGACCAGUCCUGGAGGCUCCUAGUGUUGGAAUUCUUAAUAAUCAUCUACUGCUCAACAGAAAUCUUAUUCCAAGAGAAAACUCAGUGGUUCCUACCUCAACCUCACAGCCUUCAAAUGACAGCUUGGAGAACUACUUGACCAAGGUUAGUUGUUAUCUUUUUUCCUUUGGCUUUAAAAUUUCUGAUAUAAUUAUUGCUUUUAAUUUG